UUAUCCCUAGCUGCUAGAAGGACAGGGGAGAAAUGGCUGAUACCAUAGCUGAUACAAGAAGGCUCUUCACUAAGCCUCAGAACUUAAAUGACGCUUAUGGACCCCCGAGUAAUUUUCUAGAGAUUGAUGUGAGCAACCCUGAGACCGUCGGGGUUGGCAGGGGCAGAUACACCACGUAUGAAGUCAGACUGAAGACCAACCUACCCAUCUUCAAGCUGAAGGAGUCUAGUGUUCGGAGGCGGUACAGCGACUUUGAGUGGCUCAGAGCGGAGCUGGAGAGGGAGAGCAAGGUGGUCGUCCCUCCUCUCCCAGGAAAAGCUCUUAUCCGGCAGCUUCCGUUUCGAGGGGAUGAUGGGAUAUUUGAUGACUCUUUCAUUGAGGAGCGGAGACAGGGUCUGGAGCAGUUUCUCAACAAAGUGGCCGGUCACCCCCUAGCCCAGAACGAACGAUGCCUGCACAUGUUUCUACAGGAUGAGUCUGUGGACAAGAGCUACACCCCAUCCAAAGUCAGACAAGCCUGAAAAGAAAAGGCUCUGCUUGGCCUGGUCCGGCUCGACCCUGCUCAGCCCAGCUUGGCUCAACAACCCAAAGCUCUCUUCACUGCUCCAGGUUUCACUCAGACAAUAAACAUUUCAAUGAAACUUCUCCUCCUCGCCCCCCACCCCCACCCCACCCCAAAAAAAAUCAUUCACUGCCUCUUUUAGUUUAAUUAGUGACCCUGAUCGGUGUUUGUUUUCACCUUCUAAUUGGAGUCAAGAAUGUUCGACACAUAACUGUGGUUCAAAGUAAUUUAUAGUAAUUUCUCUUUAUGUCUGGAAAUGCCACUAACAUGGAUAUAUUAUGUAUUUAUCAUUUAGCUAUGUCUGAAUAUAUUCAUUUCUAUAGUAACAUUGAAUGAGCGUUCUAUGUAUGCAGAGCUCUUGUAAGACCCACACCAUUUCCCAUCAUAUAUAUCUAAUACUGGCAUGUUGCUCACCGUAACUAGCAACUAAACAGACAGACACACACACACACACACACACACACACACACGCACACACACACACACACACACACACACACACACACACACACUUGAUGGGCCUUGACUUUCAAAUCACACUUAGUUGAUCCUCUCUUCAAAAGGAAGCACGUGUGUGUAUAUCAACCAGCACCUGCCCAAUUAUCACAAUGAUUUUCUAGCAAGAAAGAAGUAAUUUACACAGAGGGAACUGCAGUAUUUCUACAGGCUAUAUGCAUUUUGAGAUUUGUAUACUGCUGUGCCAUUUUUGUUUAUUUUGAAGAUUUUCCAAUAAAAUAGGUGAAAUGUC